AUGAGUCAGGAAUAUCACCCUGGUGAGAGUUCAUCUUCCGGAGCUGGCUCGUCCAGAUUCACCGGCGAAGAGGAAUUCCCCGAAAAGAGUCCUUUUUUCCGUCCCCCACCGACCUACAUGACUGUGGGCAACGGCUCGACCUCGGAUAGCGCCACAGCUUUGAUGACAUCUCUCAACCAAGAUUCUGGAUAUGGGGGCAGCAUCGCCGAUGGAAGCGCAAUGGGGGAAGAUUCAAAUGCCGCUUGGCGUGCAGGACUGAUGGAGGAUCGGCCGACUCCAGUGCACACACCAACGCGUCCUGGAGAAUGGAAUCCCGCUGCUGAACAUGAGAAACAAGUGGUUGCCAGUCAUGUCUCUCAACUUCUCUACAAUUCGAACCGAACCAAACUUGGUCGUGCGAUCUCCCGCACUAUCGAUACCUUGAAGGAGCUACAAGACAUGAAUCGACAAUGGCCUGCGCACUACCCUUCCGUGCAGAACACUCCUUCUUCUCCCUCGUUUCGUCCAACGCUAAACCACACUCAUUCGGAUCUUGGAGACGGCGACAGGCCUACAACUCCUCCCCGGCCGGAUCUGAGACGCGCAGCUACCACAAUGGGCAGUGACGAUUUGGCAGAAUCCAGCGCCUCAGCCCAGCGCCGUGUCCCGACUGAGCCCAGAUUGAUGACCCCACAGAUCGCGCAGGAGUUUUCUAUCUUGAAGCUUGACUUGAAGCUCGGCGCUCUUUCACAGGCAGAACUUGUGCAUUCCUUGGAGAAGGCCUCGAUCGCCUCGCUGCUGGAUGGAAAAAUCAGUCAAAGCAUGAAGCAUCUCCUCUCACUCCGAGACAGAAUUGAGGACACAUCGAGUAAGGUUCUUAUUACUGGAGAUUUGAAUGCAGGCAAAUCAACAUUCUGUAACGCUCUGCUGCGUCGCAAGGUGUUGCCAGAAGACCAGCAGCCUUGCACCAGCAUCUUCUGCGAGGUUCUUGAUGCACGUGAAAAUUGCGGCAUUGAAGAAGUUCACGCCGUGCACAAAGAUACGCCAUACAACCGCAACGACGAAAGCACAUUCGAUGUUUUCCCUCUUACCGAGCUCGAGGAUAUUGUGAUCGAAAAUACGAAGUAUAUGCAGUGCAAAGUCUACGUGAAGGAUGUUCGGUCUAUUGACGAAUCAUUACUUAACAACGGCGUGGUUGAUAUUGCUUUGAUUGAUGCUCCAGGUCUGAAUUCGGAUUCGUUGAAGACUACCGCCGUUUUUGCUCGACAGGAGGAAAUCGAUGUCGUUGUUUUCGUGGUUUCAGCAGCAAAUCACUUCACACUUUCCGCAAAGGAAUUCAUCUUGAACGCUGCACAUGAGAAAGCCUAUAUCUUCAUGGUUGUUAACGGAUUCGAUCAAAUUCGCGACAAGCAGCGCUGUGAGCGCAUGAUCUUGGAUCAAAUUGGCAAGCUCAGUCCUCGUACAUAUAAGGAGGCUGCUGAACUUGUUCACUUCGUCUCAAGCAAUGCGAUUCCCGUUGCACCGCCCGCCUUCUCCGAAUCUGGCUCUGGUGGUGAGGGCGGCGGUGGCUCUGAUCCUCAUGAUGAUGACGAUGAUAAAAAGGAUCCAAAUGAUAAGGGUAAAGGCAAGGAGCGCGAGAAGCUUCAAGACUUCGAGAAUCUUGAAGGAGCUUUGCGGCGUUUCGUUCUCGAGAAGCGCUCUCGGUCCAAGCUUGCUCCUGCUAAGACGUAUCUUAUGAACCUCUUGGCUGACCUUAGCUCCCUUGCCACUGUCAACCGCGAUGUUGCUCAGGCAGAGCUUAAGAGAGUGACGGAUGAGCUGGCAGAGAUUGAGCCAGCAUUUGAGAACGGCAAAAAGAAGAAAGGGGAGGUUGCAGAGGGUGUCAACAAAGCCAUAGACGAUUCGUGCGACGAUGUUUACAACCACACUCGCUCAACCUUGACUAACACAAUUACCCGUGUUUCCGAUGCGGACCUUGGUGUUGAAUACCCUGGUCUCCUUUCAGCUUUCCAAUAUGCCGAGGACUUGAAGCAAGCAAUGUUAAAUCAAAUCGCGUCGUCGGUCAACGAUUGCGAGGACUAUGCUCGGGAAAAGACAGUCCAAGGAGUCGGUUUCAUUCAAAAUAUCGGCCUCUUGCACAUCGGUGAAGACAAAUUCAGCCCGCUCAACUUCCGAGCGGAUGCGAUGUUCCGCCGCGGCCGUCGCCACACUUUUGGUCGACAGGUUGAUACUGAGGUUGAACUGUGGGACUUCUUCGAUGUUGCCGGUCUUUGGGAACGUCAAGAGAAAUUAGCAGGAACCGGUGUCGCAAUGACCGCAGUCACUGUACUUGGUGGUAGGGCAUUGGGUGGAUUCAGCUGGGUGGACAGCGCCCUGAGCGCCGUCAAACUCAUUGGCCCUAACAACAUGCGCCGGUUGUUGUUCCCUAGUAUCCUCGCUGCUGCUCUCUUGACAACCGCCUAUGUGCUCAACUCCAUCCCAUCUACUCUUCCUCCACGCUUGUCCCGAAAAAUUGCCGCAACUCUUGCUGAAAUGGACUAUGUCCACUCAAAUGCCAACCGCAUCUCGGCCGAGGUUCGGCGCAUGCUGCGCAUGCCUGCCGGGAAUCUCCAGACCUGUCUUUCUCAGGACAUCGAAGAUCUCGGCAGGCGCAAGCAAGAGGUCACCAAGAUCAAGCAGGAAAGUGAAGUUGCCACCAAGUAUUUCUCCAACUUGUUCCGUGACAGCAGCGAGAAUCGCCGGUCCGUUGAAAAUCUGGAUCUUGAUGCUCCCCUGCCUGGCGGCAUGGCUGCGGCCAUAGAAGCGUAA